AUGGAUGAGCCUACGCUCGACCAUCGCCACGUUCAGGUCUCAUUCUUCACGAAUGAUGAUCGGGUGGCCACAAUCCCGGAAGCCGUCUUCGAUGUCCCCCUCUCCGCGACGCAAGCAAAUCUGAAUGCAUUGGUUAAUGAAAGUAUUUCACAAACAACUGAUGAAUGGAAAGAGCUGAACUUUGAACUGCUGAUUGGAGAGACGUUUCUUCGAUCUUCCCUGGCGGAGUUCAUUGAAGAAUAUACCGUUGAUACAGAACGCGUUAUCCGGAUAGAGUGCAUUCUUGGCAUUGAUCCGCCAAAACCUCUUCACGAUUUGCCGACCCCGGAUUGGGUGGGAAGCGUUCAUGCCCUGGAAAAGCUGCUGGUAGCUACUACUUUCCAUGGUGAUAUCAUCCUUUGGAAUACUGCUGGAAAAAAACUUGGCGAGUUCCCAAAAGGCAAGGGCGAGGCGUACAAAUGCUCCGAGAUUUUGAAGGAGCCGACAGGAAAGGAUUCCUCGUCGGGAAAUGGCCUCACCCUGGCCUUAAGUGGGCUGAUGUCUACUAUUUCCAUUUAUGAGUGCGUUGAGGGUUCAUUCGUGGAAAAACAACAACUACGCGGUCACGAACGGACUGUCAAUUCGUUGUCGUUGAGCAAGGACGAAACUCGCAUGAUCUCUGGCUCGAUCGAUUCGCAUCUCAAAGUGUGGAAUAUGGAGGAAAAUGCCCCGCAAAUCGAGAAAGCUAAAGAGAAUGACGACAACAGUAAACGAAGGAAAGUCUGCACGACGAUGACUCCAAUGGUCACGUUGGGAGGACAUAAGGACUCUGUGACGGCGGCUUACACAUCGAUUGACGUCAAUAAGAAGAAUGGUCUAGUUAUCGCUGGAUCAGCCGACGCCCUGCCAAGGCUUUACGAUACGCGAAGCACAGAAGGAAACGUUGUCAAACAAUCCUAUGUGGGCCAUCGCGGCUGGAUCUCGUCUGUGGCUUGGCAUAUGGACCAAGAAAAUGUGUUCGCCACUGGUUCCUAUGAUAAUGUCGUCAAAAUGUGGGAUGUCAGGAGUGGAAAAACAUCACUAUUCGACCUCCACGGCCACGAUGAUCGUGUAUUCUGCGUUGCCAGCGGCCCUAAUGAUGCCAACAACCCGUCGGAUCUCCUCAAACAGGCACGCAAGAAUAGACUAAUUGCUGAACGCGAAAAGGCUGGCCCCAGCACCAAGGUUGAUGUCAAUGACUUGCGCGAGGAUGAGCCUGAUAAGGUGCAACUCGCUGAAGAAAUGCGUGAAGAACAUGGACUUCGGAUCAAAGGCGGCAUCUUGGACACGCUCAGGAUGGACGAUCAGCUGGCAAAGCUCGGAACCAAGGUUGUUAAGAAUGAAGCUGAGGCAAUGAAAGAGUUCUUGAUGACCAUGACUGAGAAGGACAAGAAAAUCUUAAUGAAAAAACUAAUGGGCGGGGAGAAGAAAUCGAAGAAGGACAAGAAAAAGGAGAAGAAGAAAGCGAAGGAACUGAAGAGACUCAAGAAGGAAAAGGAAUAUGAAGCGUUGAAACAGCUGAAGCACACCCUCGAAGCGGCGAAGCGAGAACUUGAAUUCGAGUUUUGUCGCGGGACCAAGAUCGAUGGCAAAGUAUUAUCAUACAAGAACACGCUCUUCCAUCGGGUUAUCAAGGAUUUCAUGAUUCAGGGCGGCGAUAUUAUGAAUGGUGACGGUACCGGGCGGGUCUCAAUCUACGGAAAAACAUUCCCAGACGAAAACUUUCGGAUCAAGCAUGACAAGCCUUACUUCCUCUCGAUGGCGAACAGCGGCCCGAAUUCGAACGGCUGUCAGUUCUUCAUCACCUGUGUUCCGUGCCCGCAUCUUGACGAAAAACACGUCGUGUUUGGCAGACUGAUCACUGGACAAAAAAUUAUCGCGAGGAUCGAAAAUGCUUCUGUUGACAAUAAAAGCAAACCGCUGGUCGAUGUUUUAAUCACAAACUGCGGCGAAUUCAAGCCAGAGGAGAAGGCCAAGAAAAAGAGUGAGGAGGAAGUGGAGCAAGAAAACAAGGAAGGCGCGACAUCAACGAUGAAGGCCUCGGAUAUUCCGGAUUUUCCUGCGGAGAGAAACUUUCUCUAUCGCCACAGCAAGACACCGGAACGGAAGCCAAAAGAUGAUGAGAAGGAUGGCAAGGAGAAAAAGAAGAAACGCGCCGAUUCUCGCGAGAGGCGAGAUCGCCAUCGCGAUCGCAGCCGUUCCCGCGAUCGUCGUAAUCGAAGCCGUUCGCGAGAUCGUCGUGAUGACCGACGUGAUUCACGCCGAAGGAGCUCACGUUCACGCUCACCUUGGCGUUCGCACAGAAGCGGCGGUCGCGGUGACCGGGGCCAGGUCAAAGGCCGUGGUCCAAUCAUGCUGUUCUCCGCGCUGCGCGGAGAGGAACCAUUGCGCUGGAAAAAUGCCACGAGCCGGACCGAGAAAUUCAGCGAUUACAUGAAGCGUGAAGAGGCUAAGAAGGAAAAGACCGAUGAG